AUGGUCAUACUACCCGGAAUUACAUUGACCGCAUUGAUAGCAGAAAUACCUUCACUUGUUGGAGAAGCGUGGGAUCUAUUAAAGUUGAUCAAUUUCGAAGACCGAUUUGCGCUGUAUGCAGAAUGGAAAAGAAUUUGUGAGAAUCCUGAUGAUGAAUUAAAACCUGCAAUUCGUAAAACUCAGGAAGUUAUUAACUACGUGACACGUCGCAUCACUGAUGAAAAUUAUCGCGAUUUCAGUCGACAGAUUGGAAGAAGCUCACAUCCAAAUCCAAUAGUAAUGUUCAAUACAUUACUUAGAUGGGUCAGGAAUCAUUCGAGUUUAGUGAUGCCAUUAGUUGAGUCUUUACUCGAGAUUUUGGCCUCUAAUAAUAACAAAGUCAAAGAAGAUGGACAAAAUUAUGCAAGUUGGCUAGUGAAUCUUGCUACGUUCUGUGGAAACAUAUGCCGAAAAUAUGGGAACUUUUCUAUUGAAUCCAUACUCAAAUAUAUAUAUCUAAAACUGAAGAGAUUAGAGGCUUAUGAUCUUAUCGUAUUAUCACAGUUGAUUGACGCGAUGGGCGGAAUCACAUCUACUGUUGGAGCUGUAGGAGUCUUAUCACCUACGGAUAUAUCUGUAAAGGGAACAGGAGAUAAUGUUCGAAAAGAAAAACUAUAUGGGUUCACUGAUAAAUCAAUUCGCAAGAGCUCGAGAAGAUUAGCUGAGGCGUUAACGAGAACUGGCCUGGCAAUACCGAUAGCUAUUGAACUUGGCCGGCUAAAACGUCAUUUCGCCGAAAAAGGGGACAAAGAUUUUCAUCAUAUAAAAUUGAUAAUUAAUGGUGUUGACAGAUCUCAAGGAUUAUUCUUGCAAUACUGCGAAUUCCUUUCGCUUCAUCUUUCGCUUACCACUUACUCGAAUCGUGUGCCAUCCAUAAAAGAAUUGCGAACUGACCAUCGCCUCGAACCAGACGCUGCUUUCCGUAUCUGCCGCCGAAAAUUAUCUGACUUGGUUGCUAAUCCACCUAAUGAACCAACAGCACCAACUAGUCAAGAAAGCUCUACAGACAUCACUCAGUCUGAAAAUUCAUCCAUUUGGCAAAAGGGUUUGCUUGAGACAUAUGAGCAAGUCAAGAGAACCUUACCGCUUCUAGUCUGGGAAAAAAUAAGUCCCGAAUUUUAUACGACGUUUUGGCAAAUGACUCUUUAUGAUAUCAUAUACCCUAAAGAAGUCUAUUCGAGUUAUUUAGCCCAAUUAAAAAAACAAAUAAAUGAAAAUCAUCGGUCAAAACGUGAAAAAGAGAGAUUUACGAGCAUUCAAAAAAAGGUGGACGAAGACCGAAUUGAACACGAAGCUCACUACGUUCGUGCUAAGGAAAGACUCAACAUUGAAAAAGACCACUGGUUCUCGAACCUUUUAGCGGAACGAAAAGAAAUUGUUAACGCCAUUUGGCAACAUUGUCUAUAUCCGCGGCUUUCCUCUUCGGCAGAUGAUGCGCUCUACUGCGCGAAAUUCAUUGAACGGAUGCAUGAACUAGGAACCGCAAACUUCUCUACAUUGACAUUAUACGAUCAAAUCUUCACAGAAUCAGUUCAAAUAAUCCUUUUCACAAUGACAGAACAAGAGGCGAGACACUAUGGCCGCUUUCUAAACACCAUCCUGGAAUUUCUUUCCAAGCUCCACGGUGACGAAGAAGCCUUUAAACAAUAUGGACAAGGUGAGCAUGGACUACCUGGCUUCAUAAUGAAAUGGCCUACGCAAAACCGACAGGCUUUCGUUGUCUCCAAAACAGAUCUUAUUAAUUACCAAGAAUUCCGUGAAGUAUUUCAUAAGUGGCAUUGUAAGCUUCGAACAGCUUUCAUCAAUGCUCUCGGAUCAAGUCAAUUCAUAGAGUAUCGAAAUGCUUUGAUCGCGCUCAGUUGCAUCAGCGACUAUUUCCCGGCGCUUAUACAACAUGGAGAUGCUUUAAAAAAGAAGGUGGACGAAAUCGCCAAUAAAUCUGAACUUGAUGAAAUCAAAGUUCUUGCAAAAAGUUAUGUGGGGAUACUACAGAAACGAGAAAAAUUUUGGGUUCUAAAGGAAAAGUUCUAUACGCCAAAACAAGGUAGAAAAGGUGGAUCUACACCUACAACAAAUUCUACCACUGCUGAAAGUUCAAAAACUGAUAAACAGACACCAUCUUCCCAAUCAGUAGCUCAACCUGCAAGCACAUCAACCGCUGAAUCAUCACAAUCACCUCAGCCAGAGAAAAAACCGAUUUCAAGGGUUUCAAGUCCAAAACCCCCACAAAUAUCGUUGACACCCGCUUCUACAAGUCAACCUGUUUCAGCUUCAUCUCCGUCUAAUCUCGCGCCAAAAUCUGGCACAAUGGUUCAUCCACUACCAAAAAAACCAAAACCAGAACAAAUUAAACCUGAAAAAUCCGAAACGCUGCGUGCUGAAGAACGUUCAGAUUCCCGACGUGAAAGACCCGAAAGAAUGGAACGGUCUCAAGAACACAGUCGUGACCGAACUACGCGGAUUCGAGCCCCUGAAGAAUCCCCAGACAAGAGAAAUCCUGCAUCUAACGAAGAAAAAAGAGCGAGUGAACACCACCGUCGAGAUAAGGAGCGAAUUAAUGAAAAAAUUAGGGAAGAAAAACCUAGAGAUACACAACGUUUAGAUGAACGCAGAGAAAUUCCGAGGGAUGAGAGAAGAUCUAGCGAUAGAAGAACACAAGAAUCAAUUUCUACACGACGUCAUGAAGAAGCUGGUGGUGGUACUCGUCGCGCGGAACUUUCACCUCGAAGAAGAUCUCGUGAAGAUGAUAUAACAUCAAAUACAAGACGUCCAAAAACUCCAAUUGAGGAAAUGGAUUCAUCAAAUCGUAUUAGCCGUCACGUCUCUUCAUCAACUUCUACAAAAAGAGACCGAGAUCGUGAUGCCGAUAGCCCAAACUCUAAGAAAACAAAAAUAGCUGCUUCAUCUUCGUCACAUCAGCCAAUCUCAUCAAGCACUCCGAGAUCGCCAAUAAAGUUGAACAGGUCUUCAUCCUCCUCAACAUCUGGACAAAUUAAGAGUUCGUUGUCGUCAUCGUCUCGUCAUCCCACGAUUGAAGGAAGCAGCAGUGGCAGCAAACGGGAACCACGACGAAUGGCAAGAAAGUAA